AUGGAAAUACACUGUAAGCACGACCCGUUUGCAUCCAUGCAUAGACAUGGAGGAGUGAAUCAGCUUGGGGGGGUUUUUGUGAACGGACGGCCACUCCCAGAUGUAGUCCGCCAAAGGAUAGUGGAACUUGCUCAUCAAGGUGUCAGGCCCUGCGACAUCUCCAGGCAGCUUCGAGUCAGCCAUGGUUGUGUCAGCAAAAUCCUUGGCAGGUAUUAUGAGACGGGGAGCAUCAAGCCUGGGGUAAUUGGAGGAUCCAAACCAAAGGUUGCCACACCCAAAGUGGUGGAAAAAAUCGCUGAGUAUAAACGCCAAAAUCCCACCAUGUUUGCCUGGGAGAUCAGGGACCGGCUGCUGGCGGAACGGGUGUGUGACAAUGACACGGUGCCCAGCGUCAGUUCCAUCAACAGGAUCAUCCGGACAAAAGUACAGCAGCCACCCAACCAGCCGGUCCCAGCUUCCAGUCACAGCAUAGUGUCCACCGGCUCCGUGACGCAGGUGUCCUCGGUGAGCACGGACUCAGCCGGCUCCUCCUACUCUAUCAGCGGCAUCCUGGGCAUCACGUCCCCCAGCGCCGACACCAACAAGCGCAAGAGAGACGAAGGUAUUCAGGAGUCUCCUGUGCCGAACGGUCACUCACUGACGGGCAGAGAUUUCCUCCGGAAGCAGAUGCGGGGAGACCUGUUCACGCAGCAGCAGCUGGAGGUGCUGGACCGCGUGUUUGAGAGGCAGCACUACUCGGACAUCUUCACCACCGCAGAGCCCAUCAAGCCCGAGCAGACCGCCGAUUAUUCCACCAUGGCCUCGCUGGCUGGAGGGCUGGACGACAUGAAGGCCAACCUGACCAGCCCUACCCCUGCCGACAUCGGGAGCAGCGUGCCGGGGCCGCAGUCCUACCCCAUUGUGACAGGCCGCGACUUGGCGAGCACGACCCUCCCCGGGUACCCUCCGCAUGUCCCCCCCGCCGGACAGGGCAGCUACUCAGCGCCAACACUGACAGGGAUGGUGCCUGGGAGUGAGUUUUCCGGAAGCCCCUACAGCCACCCUCAAUAUCCCUCGUACAACGACUCCUGGAGGUUCCCCAACCCAGGGCUGCUCGGCUCCCCAUACUAUUACAGCGCCGCUGCCCGAGGAGCUGCCCCGCCCGCAGCUGCCACGGCCUACGACCGUCACUGA